CAGGGAGGGCCGUGGUGGGGCGGCUGGGGGAAGCAAAAGGACAGGGGAGGUCACGAUAAACAACCCAGCAGCGGUUCUUGAGUGCCGACAGCCCCUCUGCUCCCAAAUGGGGGCCUGCCUUUGCCUUCAGCAAAUAAUUUGGUCUCAGCUCUAAGGAGACGUUAUAAACUCACUGGAGUCUUCAUUGAAAAGGUCCAGAAUGACAAACACCAUACAGCUAAUGCCAGUUUCUUGAAGCUCAGGUGGCAGAGGCAGAAGGCUUACAAGGGAAAAUAAGUACGAAAGUGACGUGUUUAUAGCACUCCUCAGCCGCGCGCUGUAACGAUUGCUGUCAACACGAACGAGGGGCUUUGGAAAACCGAGGCAAGCAGCCUGCUGUUCGUUAGUUUAAACCCUAAAGUGGAGGUACAGAGAUUAAAAGAAUAUACAGUUGUCAAAAGUGGAAAAUAGAACCCAGGUGUUCCGACUCCUGGGAGCCAUCCUCUUACUCUAGUAAGGUUGUACAGCCGCUUAAUUAUUUCUAAAAUAGCAGGCACAAUUAUCAAAGUAAAGGAUGCUGACUGUGUGGAAAGAGCAGCAGGUCUGCACAGAAGGAAAAAAAAAAAAAGCCAAUAUACCUAUACCUACAUACCUUAAAACAGCAGUGUUUUCAGUCAAUUGGAGAGAAUAUUUCAAGAAAGUGACUUAAGGACGUUAACGUUAUUAAGGACGUUACAUCUCUUUCCCGUCAGAAGGCACGGAGACUGAAAACUCUUGUGAGGUUGAUCUGCCUCUCAAAUAGCUUAGAAAACUUAGUAAAGCUGGUUUGUAUUUUCUUUCCUCUACAUGACAAAGCAAUCCCAGCAAACGCACUCACGCUCUCAUGCAAGUACCACACAAACGCUCUUUACAGCACAUUAGUGGUUUUUCAGCCCGUUCUUGUGAUCGCUUUGCUGCGGAUCAGAGACCGUUUUAAGGAACGGCGGAGGCCAACCUUUCCCCAUUGGGCUGAAAACUUUCUGGUCAGCCAAGACUCAACAGUUUUUUUUAUCAGGAGUGAUAUGCGUAUUACUGCUUAGACCGAGCUAUCUGUUUUGCAUAUUAGCUGAUAAAUAAUUACUUAAUCGAGUUGUUUGUAUCCUGUUUGCACAGUCUCUUUAUGCAUGGGAUAUGAUGCCUGAACAAAAGCAACCCAUUGCUGGUGGUUUACAUCCUCUUCUACCGAAUUAGAAACUUGGAUGCUUCAAGACAGUUUGAAGAAAAGAAGGUGCCCCAAAUGAGGAAGUUUGCCACAGAUGCAUGAACUAUGAUACUGUUGUUUGGAACUGAAAGACGACCAGAUUUCACAUUCUGUAGCAUGGAUUUCAUGGAUUCAAAUUCCAACACUGUGGUUGUAACUGGUUUUGGUCCCUUUAGACAAUACCUGGUUAAUUCUAGCUGGGAAGCAGUGAAGAAUCCUCUCUAGCAGAGGUGACCUGGAGCAGUUCAGGCCAGAAGACUGCAUGCUACUUGAGUGGAAAACUAAUGAGCUGUCUAAGCAAGGCCUUGGUAAAAACAUAGAUCUCCAUAUCAUGCAGCUGCCAGUGGUCUAUCAAAAAGUAAAGGAGCAAGUUUUCAAGAUAUGGACAACUCUUCAGCCACUGGUCUCCUUUUUAAUUUCCUGUUAUUCACUCCGGUGGGAAAAAAAGCUUACUGUUCAUGUUGGGCUGGCUUCAUCCGCCAAAGCAAUCAUCAUCCUUGAGCAGUGUGGGAAGAACAAAGGCUACCAAGAGAUGGAUGCUUGUGGUUUUCACCCAGAAGGUGGCUGUUGCAUGCUAGAUGGUCCGGAAAAGAUUGAAUCUACAAUUAACAUGAAGACUCUCUGGAAGAAUAUUUCAGUGGAAGGGAUUGAUAUAAUCUUUUCCAGAGAUGCAGGAAGGUACAUCUGUGAUUACACCUAUUACACUUCUCUGUACUACGGCAAUGGAAGAGCAGCUUUCAUCCAUGUUCCUCCAUUAUCCAAAUCGGUAACAGCAGACUUUCUAGGAAAAGCAUUACAGAUAAUUAUCUUAGAAAUGUUAAAACAGUGCGGAGAAGAAACAAAGAAAGAUCAUUUCAUAGAGAAGUAACUAAUAUUUCUUAGAAUACAAUUCCUUAACUCUUAAAUAAAGCACCUCUGAAGAUUAUUUAAAGCCCUUACUUAGAUAAAGGAUUUUGUAUCAUUUUCAAUGAAAUCUUCUUACAUAAAGCAAACAACUGUUUACAUCUCUCUAAAACAAAUGAUUGACAGUUUGUACUACUAACAGUGAUAAAAUAAGGUUGCUUCAGAUUUAAGAAAGCAUGUGAAACUGGACUUCUGUUGUAUAUUUUCUAAAAUCCUUAAAAAGCAAAAAAAAAAUAUCCAAGUACAAAAAAUAUUCUGUGAGUUUAAUCCUAGUUCUGAUAGGUAGAAAGUCAAUACUACAGCCUUGUUAAAUCAAGAUGCACGCUUGCAGCUGUAAGGACAUGCAGCACUGGAUGGAUAUAACAGAAAUCCCCUCCAUCCCCAGUCACAGUCCAAUGAGAUAGUUCAGCUGUACAAAAUGCCCACAUAAAAACUAAAUGGGGCGGGGUGGGGGGGGGGACAAAACACGUGCAGAGAUCCUGUUACGUGAAGUUUUAAAAUACAUCAUCUCUGAGUGACAUGCUGAACCUGUGCUGACUUAGAAGAAAAUAAUAAAAAAAAAAAAAAGAAUAUUAGAACAUGACAGGAACUCUUAACGCUGUUAGUAAUCUGGGUUUCAACGCCCUGAAAACAACGCUUACCCAACAUUCUCAGUAUCUGCCCCAAAGGAAAACACCACAGUCCUUCCACAAGGCAUAGCAUAGCAUAGCAUAGGGAAGACAAGUCUUUCAGUAGAAUGGGUCACAGCUAUUCAGAGAUUUACAGAUCAAAAUCAAAAAGCUUAACUUAUCCCAAGAAAGGCAGCUAUUGAAGCACUGUGCUGUGGAAUGUGUUAUGGCAUGUUAUCCUACUUGCAACACAGGAACCAAAUGAGAUCCCAAGUUGUAAAGCUUGGAAUUGGACAGUGACAGAUCACUUACUUCUAUGCUUCUCCCCUGCCAAGCCAGGCUCCUCCAUGUCUCAAACCCAGCUAAAUACAGAAGUACUAUGCUGUUAAGGUGGGUAAGAGGAAGGUGUCCAGCAUAUCCUCUUUAGCACACAGGGAACUUCAACACAUGUUCUCCUUGAUAAUUUUGCUAGCAGCACAGCAGACUGUGAUGAGAUAAAAUUAGCAGGUAUUUUUCAAAAACGGUCAUUGGAACAGAACAGCAGCAGCUUAACGUGGACAUCUGCUAUUUCUCCAAGGGAAACAAAAGCCCAUUCCUCAAGCAUCACAUCAGUAGACAGAACAGACAAACCUAACAGUAUGGCCACCUGAUCAAACUUCAGGCCACCACUGUGCUUUAUCUUAGUCAACACUUUAAUGACAAGGGUCAGAGGAAUUGGAUAACGCUAGUUUUCUUGCCAGUGGCUUUUCGAGCAACCCUUGUAGAAAACUGAUAACCACAUGCUGGAUAACCGAAUGCCUCAUCUAUGGAUUGCCGUAAGUGUAAAGGAAAGGGUUUCUUUUAAAUAGAUGGAUAAAAAUGCAUACCUCAUUCAAAGGAAAUAUCUACUGCAAAACAGGACUCAGAAGCCCCAUCGGAGAAGAAGGCACAAGCUCAGUGCCACUGGAUGAAAACAGACUUUUGAUUUCAAGACAACAUAAUGGCAGUACCGACCUCUACUAAGAUUCAUUCAGUUACUCAAUUAAAUACAACCCAAAAAGGGGGGUAGGGGGGAGGACAAAAAACAAAAACCCAAAGAUUUACUCUGGGUUUUCUAACUUGUACUUGCUUUGCCUAAGGAGCAACAAAGUCAGCAGCAGACAAAUGCAUACAGAAUUCUUUUAUUUAACUUAAAUCAUGUAGUACUGAAACUACUAGAAAAAAGCAGAGUAAGAGAAACUAAAGGAGCCUUAGCUUCAGCCAUUCAAAAUAGACAAAGUUUCUUUUUUCAUAAUGUAAAGAAUCCCGAGUAUAUCGCAAUAACAGGAAUAAAUUCUUACAACAGAAUAUACAAAAACAUUUUGAAAUUUUUAUCUACUGAUUCAUUUUAAUAUAAACACAGGAAUUUCUUUAGGAAUAAUUUAUACACAGCAAGUCUUUUUAUGUAAUAAAUUGGCCAUGUUGUUUAAUUUUCUUUUAAAAAAUUUAAACAAGAAAACUUGGAAAAUGUUGUAUUUGCAACUGCAUCCAUUCCUUAGCACUUUCUAGUUUUGUUUUUGUCCCAGAGGUAGACAAACUCUGGCCAAUCCUUUCAUCUCAAACCUCACUGGUUUAGAAAACAGAAGAACUGAUUCUUAAACAGCAUCUAAACCCACAUAACCCUUCAGAAAUGCCGUUAGUCAAAUUUAGGGGGGAGGGGGGGGGGAAGGGAUCUUCAGCAUUAAAUAAAAAUAAAUAGGGACCCUACCUUGUUCAUUUCAACCAAGCUUUAAAUGGUGUUCAGUAUCUGUAGAGGCUGCAUACAACGAUCUAAAGCAAUAAAAGCAACCUGAAAGAGUUCUUCCACAGUAAUUAUGAAAACUGCCUUCCCUCUUUUUGUUAUGCCCUCGUAUCCUUCAAACCACCUGGCAACAAUAAAGCAGGUACUGAAUAACACAAGUGAGACUGCGUAGCAGCAAAGCCCAUUCCGUUUCCACCACCAGUGAGGUUCUUGUAAUCCAUUAAGUUAACUGCACUAUACAGUAAAAUGAAAUGACCAGUUAAGAUGAUCCCACCCCAACCAGAGGGCUCUGGAAGACCAGGAUACUGAAGAUACAGAACAUUUCCCCAACUCCUUUAUUCAUUCACUAUAUACUGGGACACACAGCUUGGGCGGGUAGGGGGAGAGGGACGAGCCAUGAAUUGGACAAAUUAGUGAUCCUUUUUGGCAUAUUGUAAAGCUAGCUAGUAAACUGGUACCAUCAAAAAAAAAAAAAAAAAAC